UCGGAUGCUGUGGCUCCGAAGGCAACGUGCAUCGCCUGUUGUUUGGAGACACCCACGGACAAGCCAUUGGUGGGACACAAUAGUUCCGACUUUCACCCGCAGCCAGUUCAUCCACAAUUUCAGAGUCUCCCCUGAGACAUUUGAUUACAUGUGUCGCCGCCUUGGACGCACAAUAGGAAAAAUGGACACAAAUUACAGGUUGUGCAUUCCUGUGCGAAAAAGAGUAGCAAUCGCCAUAUGGAAACUCGCUACUAAUAGUGAAUACCGGACAAUUAGUCACCUGUUUGGAGUCGGUAUAAGCACAGUCUUAAACUCCGUUAAGGAUUUCUGUGAUGCGGUAAUCAAAGUGCUGCUUCCAGUCCACUUACCUGUCCCAGACGAAACCAAAUUCGAGGAAAUGGCUACAUUUUUCUCAGAGCGAUGGGGUGUUCCACAGUGUGUUGGAGCUAUUGAUGGGAGUCAUAUCCCAAUAAUAGCGCCGGAGGAUUAUGCCAGCGACUAUUUCAACAGAAAAGGUUGGCACUCUGUAGUGCUACAAGGAGUAGUCAAUGGCAAAGGCCAAUUUUGGGAUGUAUGUGUGGGGUUUCCGGGUAGUGUUCAUGAUGCACGAGUUCUCAAGCAAUCAGAGUUAUGGGAAAGAUUAGGAGAUGGACAAAUUCUAAAUACACACACAGUAAACAUUUCAGGGCAUGACACAGGGUAUUUUCUCAUUGGUGACCCAGCCUAUCCACUACAGAGAUGGCUAAUGAAACCAUUUUCAGACACAGGAAGACUUACUCCAGAGCAGCAAAGGUUCAACUAUAGAAUAAGCAGUGCAAGAUCAGUUGUGGAAACUGCCUUUGGACGGCUUAAAGGAAGAUGGAGAUGUCUCAUGAAAAGAAACGACUGCAAAAUAGAAAUGGUUAAAAAAAUGGUCUUAACAUGCUGCGUGUUGCACAACAUGUGUGAGAAGAAUGGUGACCGAUGUCCUGAAGACAUUUCAGACAUACACUCAAACAUGCAACCUCCACUUCGAGCUCUACCUGAUCGGGGCCAACAGGAGGGAGCAGAUGUCCGAGCUGCAUUAAUGCGCUAUUUCACUGAAGAUUAGUGAAAUAAUGACGGACACAUUUUCUAUGCAAUCAUUUAUUAAU